UUGGGCCGAAGCCUUCUUUGCUCAAAUGAAAGUAUUAAUACCGAAGGUUGAAACGGUUUAGCCGCGGAAUACUUUCAUCGAGUACUUUUUAAUACUUUUUCUUGAAAUUAUAAGUCUUUUUAAGAGGAAUUCUUCCUCGAUAUUUCAUUUUUUUCAAAAAUGGCAUCACAGAGUCAAAAUGCUAUGAAUGUAAGUUCAACUAUUUCACCGAUGAAUGGAUCAUCCGGAUCGUCGACGACCAUCUCGGUCUGUACUACGAAGAUGCAAUCUCUUACUUCUUCACAAUCCUAUCAACAACAUUCAUCUCCAUCGUCGUCACCAUCGCCGUCGCCGUCACCGUCACUAAUGCAACAACAGCAUCAGACUCUACAAUCUAAUAAUAUAGAAGCAAUUGAUAAAAAUUCCUCCAAUACAUUAAAACGUAAUCCAAAAAUGGAAUUAAACAAAACUGAUUUAUUAAAACUAUUAGGGCAUCUUGAAGGAGAAUUACAAGCAAGAGAUAUUGUAAUAGCAGUAUUAAAGUCAGAAAAAUUGAAACAUCUGUUAAGUACUCGAUAUCUGAGUGGAACAUCAGAUCCACAUGCUGCACUUGCUCGUGAUGUUGUUCUAGUAGGUGGUAUAAAUGAACAUGAACCAAAUCAAAUAAAUAAACAAGUUGCUACUUUAGAAGCACUUGUAACACAACAAAGAUGUAUGCAGUUUAAAAUGGCCAAAGUUCUUAAAGAAGCAGAACUUAGGCAUAGAGCAGUUAUUAAAGAAUUAGAAGAAGAAAAACGAAAACAUGAACAUGAUACUGCCCAGGGUGAUGAUAUUACAUAUGGAUUGGAAAAAGAAAGAACACGAUUAAAAAAAGAAUUAGAAUUAGAAAAACAAGAAAAAAAAAGACUGGAAUUAGAAUUAAAAAAAGCAAAUGAGACUUUAGAAGAAGAAAAAACUCGACAGAAACAAAUAGUACUUCUUUUACUUGCUGAACGUAAAAAGAUAAUUAUGAAGUAUAUAGAAGAAAGGAAAAGAUCAGAAGAUUUGGCACAGAUAUUAAGUGAAGAAAAAGUUCGAGUAGAUUCUAUGGCUGAAGGACUUGAAGAAGAAAGUAAAAAAUCAUUGCAAAUGGAAGCAGAAUUAGAAAAACAACUUGCACAAUUUGAUAUGGAAAGACAACAAUAUAAGCAAGCUUUAGCAAAGGAAGAAAAAAGAGCUAAAGAUCUCGAAUUAGAAUUAGAUAAACUUAGAAGUGAAAUGGAUAUGUGGAAAGAGUCUCAAACACGAGGUUCUCCAAGAGGAGUGGGUACAACUCCACCACCUCCUCCAGCCAAACCAGCUAAUUUAGUUGCUAUGCCUACUGUUAAACCUGCUAAUGUAACACAGACAAUUAAAGGUACAGUGCUGGGCACUGGGACGCCAAUGGUUAGUAGUAAAGUUGUUCAGCCCACUGCCACGGUAUCUAGUGUUCCUGUCAGCGGUCCAACUACUGGGAUAGCUAGAUCAGUAACUCCUGGACAGGCACUACGCGGGGUCUCGUAUACGUCCAAUAUUACGUCUUCUACUGGUGAAACUGCGACAUCUUCUGAAAAUCAGGCUAUAGACAAACGUGGGGUUGUACCUGCUCCUGUAAAUGCUGGAGGCACGGUAAAACUUAUACCAUCGGCGCAAACUGCAGGAAAGCUUGGUUUUCAUGUCGGCUCUGGUUCGACGAUUCAAACAUCUGGUAUGCUGCCUUCGAAAAAGCCACCAGUAUCUCGCGGCGUUCCUCCUCCAGUGCCACCGAAUAAACCGGUAGUACCACCUAAAAAGGAGGCUGCUUAUAUUAGAAGGACUGAAUCGCAGACAACGCAGGAUGCCGUAAAACUUGGUAAACAAGCUGCGGCGCAUCCUACUAGUGGAUCUCCUGCUCCGCAAAUCCAACAGGCAAUAGGAGCUUUUACUCAAUCCUCCGAUGAAGAGGUUAGUAAUAAAGCUCCUCUGCCUUAUUCAUUUUAUUAAUGCGGAAGGAUAAUUCAACUUUAUUACAAGUGCCAAAAUAUUUUAAGUGUUUCUGUAUUCUUCUUGUUGAAUUCUCUUCUUUUUGUCAAUAAAUUUUUAUCGAGUUUUCAAAAAAGUUAUAUCCAUAAGUUAUUAGAAUUUAUAAACGAAUGUUGCAUUAUGUGUAUUUUUACUUAAAAAGAGCAAUCUUAUAGAUAAUUAAAAUUGAAUGUUUUAUGAUUUAUUAUAUAUACUAAAGAUUAAAAGAUUAAUUUUUUAGUUUUUUCCCUUUAUUUUUCAUUUAACUAUAUUUUUAUAUUAUUUUGUAGAUAUUAAUUCUACAAAUAUAGAAUUUUAUAAGAUUUUAUUAAAAUAAUAUUUUGUAUUCUUAAGAUUUUACGUUCUAAAAUAUUACGUUUAUUAAAUAAUUUUAAAAGAUAAUAAAUUAUUUAAAUUAAAUUAAAGGAUUACUUAAAGGGAUUACUUAAAAAUUUACUUAAAAGAUAAUUUUAAUAAUCUUAUAAAAUAAUUUAUUUUUUUAUGUAACAUUAAUUAAUUUUUAUAUAAGUUAAUUUGUUUUUAAUUUAAAAAUUACGAAAAAUAUAAUAACAAGAAUAUUUUUUUAAAGAUGGUGCUCGAUUAACUUCUUUGAAUACUCGAUGAAUCGAUGUUGUUUCUCUAUUUGGUCUCUCUUACAAGUGAGUACAAUUCAGAACUCGUGAAUAUGAUUUCAGACAAAACCACGUUGAUUUAACGGCGGGUACAAAAAAGAGUAAGCAUUAGUAACGUUUAAGAAAGUCUGAAAGCCGUGUUAACACGGAUAAAACUUGGGGUAUCGUAUUUUGGAACUACGCAACGCGGGAUAACCCAUUAAAACAACGUUUCUGAAUCAACGAAAGAAACGUACGUGCUCGAACUAUUUGUUCAUCGAUUGAUUAUACGUCGCGUACCAUAAGAUACCAUUACCUAUUAUUAUUAAUUCUCGCCGGAUGGAUCUACGGAUCCAUAGCGAUACAUCAUCAUCAACACGAAUCUUGCUUGUAACAUUGUACUAUAGUCGAAAUGAAUCGAAACGGAAUUAUUUGAACUAUUUAAGCUAGAUUCUGUAGAUUCUGUAGUUUAUUAUCCGCGAUCUUUCCGAAUUACAUUAAAAGUCAUUUAGAUAAAAUUAGUAUCGUUGUAACGUGCUAUUCGUAAGAAAGAACGAUACUGUUAACAGUGGACGUGAAUAAUAAAUGUUUAUGCAACAGGGAACUUUAGACCAUGUAAUAUGUUAAUAAAACAAAUACUUUUAGGUAGGGAAAGAUAUGGAAGGGUCAUUUAACGUUAGAUCAUCCAAUUGCAAAAUUACUAUCUAUAUUUUUUCCUUUAUUCUCUGUAAUUUGAUUGAUUGAUUUUGACGAUUUUUUUUUAUAAUCAUAUAUCGAAAAUAAAACAUUUUAGUAUACUAUACAAAUAAAAAUAUUUUUAAUGAGCUUUCUUUAUGAAGUUAACUCUAUUUUUCAUAAUUCUGACGAUAGAUUUUGAUUCAAUCAAACAAUUGAUCGAUUUAACGCGAGAUGACCCAACAGUAUAUGCUAUAAUCACUGCCUUGCCUGACGUAAUUGCAUUGCUAAUAUAUGCCGACAUUAUGUCGGCGAUAAAAAAUAAUUUUGAACAUGUAGCGAAAGGAACAACUAAUAUUUUGCAUCGUAAAAGCUCAUCGAUUUUGUUUGUUGAAACACUCAUUCGAAAAAUUACAAACGAAAAUCAUCUAAUCGUUGUUCUUUUGACAAUAUCUAUAAGCAAAAUAAUAUUAUUCAAAAUUUACGCGAUUAUCAUAUCCACUUGGAAAUCUUUUACUUAGAUAUCAUGACUAUCAUGAUUAUUCAUAAUCGGAAAUCAAAGAAACGUAAAAGCCAAUAAUUUAUUUUCUACACUAUUACUUCUAUAAACAUAAUUAUUAAUUUGAGAAAAAAAUUUUCAAUGAUACAGGCCAGUCGUGCAAAUCAUGUUGAAUAAUAGUAAUAAUCAACGAUUUUUAUCGAUCUACAGUGUUUCGUAAGAUGCCGUUGUGUCAGGUAGAACGAGUAAUAAUUUUUUAUAAUCAAAAGUAAUGUAAAAAUGUUCUUAAUAUUACUUAAUAAGAGGCUCAUCUCCCUAUUUAUUAAACGUGCAAACACGCCAAGUACUUACAUAUACGAUCGUUUGAGAAGUUUUCCUAAGUGAUCGUAGAAAAAUAUUAAGAAUAAUUUUCGGCUUUGAAAAUUCUUUACCCGGCGUGUACGGUACAUCUUACGAAAUUCUUGUACAAAUUUCGUUCCCACAAUGCAGAGUUUAUAACAAGGACAUGAAUAAAAUUAUUCGUUUGUACACAGUUUUCUCUUGUAUAAAUUAUAAAUGGAUGGAAUUAUGUUCUCAUAAAUGUAUGAAAUAAGUAUGUACAUACACACAGGUACACACAUACAAUCUUUUAUUUACUAACUCAUUUAAUCACACGCAUAUACAUACACGCGCGCGCGCGUAGAUAAAGAAAAGAAGAGAUAUCGAAGUUAUUUAGAGAUAUAUUUCAUUUUCAUUUAGCAUAUAUAUAUAUAUAUAUAUAUAUAUAUAUAUAUAUAUUUUACAUGUGACCGUGAUUUUAUAAAACGUGUGAAAAUAUUCAAAGAGCGCGCGCGCAUAUGAAUUGUUUUUAUGCGAGUUUUUUAAAAGAUAUUUGCCUGGUGUCAACCGUUUAGUUUUUAUCUUUUCUUUUUUUUUGAAAAUAUUCCAGUCAAAUCCAUAAAUAUUAUACUGCGUUUCGCAAGUAACACGCGCAAUCUCCCUAGUUUCUUCAUACUUUGGGAAUAUCUUAGAACGAUUUAUUCAAGAUGAAAGAUUUGCGUAAAAAUAGGAAAAAGUCCGUCGAACAAAAUGAAUAUUAAAAAAGCGAAAGGAAUCUUUUUUCGAGUUCGCUCGCUCGAGUUCUUAUUAUUUGCUUGGAAGGAUGUGAAAAAAAAAAAAAAAAAUACGUGUUAUCUUUAUCGUUCGUUCUUUUAGAAAUUCGAUUUGUCUCUUCUCCUUUCGAUAUCAUUGAUAUGAUUGAUAAAUCCUAUCAAUUUUCUUUCGAGAAAAACCUAUUUAACGAGAGAUAGAAUCAACUUGUUAUCGCGAUUAUUCUCGAUUCCAAACUUCUAUGUGAUCUCGACACAAACGAUAUGUGUAUAGUGUACAAAAAGAGAAGAAAACUUUCUUAGUUCACAAGAGGACAAAUAUACAAAACUUGGAAAUUCGCGGAACGAUGAUGUAAUUAAAAAUCACAUGGAGAAAUCGCGAGAAAGACGUGCCGGAGGGUAAUUAAAAAGGAACGAAAGUGAUAGUUUUUUCAUGAUAUGAGGAGGUCAAGAUGCUUUAGAGCGUAGAACGCGUUGCGAAUCUAAGUAAAAAGGAAAAAGCGAGAGAAGAGGGAAAAGAAAAAUAGAAAAGAAGAGAGUGAAUUGAAAAAGGGGGGGAAAAAAGCAUAGGGCAACAACUGGCCGACUACACAAUCGUACACACGUCGUUUGAUCAACAUUGAAACACGCUUACAUAUAUAUACUCACGCACACGCUUGAACUCCAUUCAGGGUAAAAACGUAUCUCAGAAAAGAGAAAGCAUUACAGAUAGGAUCGGGUCACAUAGGAAGAAGAUGACCAAGGAGCGCGCGAGGGUUACAGGAAAAAACGAGCAGAAGGAGACAGAAUGAGGAAGCGGAGGGGGACGGUAAGGGAGAAAAAGGUGAGAGCGGGUGGUUAAGGUGGUUCUCCUGGUGAGGAUGGUAAAAGGUAAGCAGCGCGUAUAGCGCGUGCGCUCGCCGGCUAGUCCGAUACACCUAAUACGCGCAUACAAGCACGGAUACAGAUGCAAUGGGGGUUACGAGACGAAGAGAGGCGGCGGGGUUAACACCGGAGGGAGGAUCGCAAACUCUAACGAGGAAGCGAGGAAACGAGAAAGCGAGGAAGUGAGCGGGGCGAGCGUAAGCGAGAUGGGAUAACAGUUGGAAACGUGAAUGGGGAAGAGUGGAAUAGAGACAGCGAGCUGCGACAGUCGAUGGACAAAGAAGCGAGGAUUCGCGAGGAUCCUUGCGCGGUAUGAGGUUUGCAUGCCUAGCAGACGGCUCCUCAGUAUCGUCCUACGUUCCGCUCGCGACGUGACCCUUCAACUUGCUGUCCUGAUCCGCGCGCCGUCCAAACUUGUCUGAUGCGCAUCCGUUUAUCUCGUUUAUACCGGCGUUACCAUUGUUGCACGCGCGACUGUUGCUCGUUGCUCUUUUUUUUUUUUUUUCCCUCCCCCUCUCGUUUUCACGCACGUUCAGUGAUACGAUUCCAAGGAGGGCGAAAGUAUUACGUUUGUUUCGUCCCGUCACGGGUGAUGAGUGCCGUUUGUCGUAUCCUUGAACCGUUUCCAUCGGUAGGAAUAUCAACAAAGUGAUCGAAGGAGAGUGACACGGAAGAGGGAAAUAUAUUGGAUGUUGCGCACGUACGUACUUAUGUAUACUCUUGAUUGAUGAUAAAUCCAUUCGGCGUUGAUUCCGUUUGUUGUCGUAUUACGUCGCGUGUAAUGAUAAACGUGCAAGAUUGUGCUUUCACAAUUUUCGAAUAAAUAAUAAGAAACGUGCGAUGUUGAUGAAUGAAAUUAUACGAUACUUUUUCCUGUUUUAUCAUCCUCUUUCUUUUACAUAUAUAUAUAUAUAUAUAUUUUUUUUUUUAAGUAUAUAUUAUAGUAUGUAUAGGAUAAGAUAGCUCGUUAAUGUUUUACGGUGUUGUUUAUGUUUUUACGCUUCUGAAUUUAGAAAGUACGAAGUGAUAUAUAAUUUAGACGGUGAUAACAAGUGAUAAGUACAAUCGUAGCAAACUAUUACUGACCAUACCUGAUAUACGAAUAGAUUGUUCUAUAAUUUAUGUAUGUACAGCAGAUGUAUUUGUAUAGAUGAUAUCAAGAUUGUUUUAUCGAAUUUCAGCGUUUGUCUAUUAUCAAUUUCAUUUUUAUUCUUAUUCGUCGUACUUUGUGACCGAUUUUAUCGUCUCGUAGAACGUUUUACCAAUCGUUUCUACAUACUUUCUUCGAUCGUAUCCUUCAAUCGAGCCAUUCGUAGAUCCAAGCCCGGUCCAAUCUUAGUUUUGCGAGAGCAAUAACGAAUAUUAUAUGUAUACAAUACAAUGUAUAUAUAUCAUUGCAGAUGUUAUGUAUAUUAUAAGGAACGUAAAAUUGAAAAAAAAAAAAUACAUAGCGGUCAAAAAAAAAAAAAAGAAAAAAAAUAGUGCGGUAUGUUCCUCGAUUGUGAAACGCACAAAAACUCUUAUUUUUUGGAAUUCGAACGCAUCAUUGAUAUUGAAGAACGUUGAAUGCGUAUUUAAAAAAAAAUGUACCGCUAAAUUAUAAAAAAAAAAAUAUACGAUAUUGAUAGUAUAAAAAAAAAGAUUAACGGAUUAAAAA